ACGAAAGUUGCCCUCGAAGUUGACGGCUAUGUACAUAACUUUAGAAUCAUUACUGUUGCCGUUGAGGGGUACUCGCUAAAUCUGGGUUCAAGGAGACAUUGCUAAAGUGUGUAUCGAAAUGGAAGGACACUUGUACCAUAAUCUGAUAAUGACCGAUGUACACCUCGCCCCUGUUACAACAGUCAUCCUUAUGCCAGGCUAUACGACUAUAAAUCCUUCAAUAUUGCCCCAGUGACCUAUCAAACCAGAGGGAGCACAGACAUGUGACAUACCAUAUAAUGCAGUGGAAAACUUCUUUAUACAUGUAUUAGAUUAUCAUUAUUAAAGUUAAACAUAUUCUCAUCUGUCACAGAUUUUCCGUGGUAGAUGAGGAGGCAGACAUGUUCAUGAUGUAGCAUAUAGGCUUUUGCGGAGUUCAUGAAAGACAAGUAAUCAGGAACAGUAUGAUAAUUGGGUUGCUAUGUUGGCAUGGUGUUGAAGAUAGGUUGCCAUGGAGAUGACAUAUUCCAGAGAUGACCUUUUAUUUCAAGCCUCCAUCUGGGACGACCCAGCUUCAACGACUUGAAAAAUUAGCGCUCACUCGCCUGAAUUUUCUCCUCAAACUUGUGGUAACCAGUGGCGACCCUGUCAAAGUUCAUGACCUCCUGACAGACAUUUCAUUGGUGGAGGAUUCAGAUUGUUUAAUUGAAGGAACUCGUAAAGACAGAAUCUCACAUUUUGUUCUCAGGCUAGCUUUUUCUGGGAGGCGAGAUACCAGAGAAUUUUUGCUGAAGGCAGAAACACUUUUGUUUGAAACUCGUUUUUUGAACAUGAACGAAGAAGAACUGUCUUACUUGCUGCAUUCCCUGAACCCGUUCUUUCUAAAAACCGCAGCAUCUACAAAACUGCAUCCUCGUGGUAACCAUUCUUCUGAUGAUGUUCAAAUUUUGCAAACUUUUCAAGCUAUGCACAAACAAUUUGGCUCAUGGGAAAAUCUUGUAGAGUGUUACUUGUCAGGAUCGUCAAUGAAGUUUAUCGAAGUACCGUUUAAAUUUGUCCUUGAACUGGUGCGACAACGUUCAGUGACCUUGAAAUAUGGCAUGGCGCAUGUUUCUGUCGUGAAGUUGCGCACAGUUGCCAUGACACUGUUUGAAACUUUGCUGUCAGCUGGAAUGCAGAAAGCGGAAGAAAAAUCCCAGUCUGCGGUAGAUGAUCCUAGAAUGAAAGCUUUGUUUUCCAAGCUAAGAAGUAUUUUCCUUGCCAGUCAGCCAUCUUUGGACCAAACUGGAGGUGUAGCUGGGGAUUUGUUGAGCCACACUGAGGUGGAGACAGAAGUGGCGUUUUACCCACCUUGUAUGACCCACCUCCACAGAGUGCUGAGAGAGAAGCAUCGAUUGAAACAUCACUCCAGGAUUCAGUACACACUCUUUCUGAAAGAAAUUGGCCUUCCUGUUCAUGAAGCCCUGAUGUUCUGGAAACAGGAGUACUCUUUAGUCAGUGGAGAUAAGAAAAGCUGUUGCCAUGAUUGGCAUCGUGACGGUAGCCGGUACACCUACAGCAUCCGUCAUCUUUACGGCCUUGAAGGGUCAAGGGUCAACUACAGAGGUCAUUGCUGUCAUUCCCUGCAGCAGACAACUUUUGGACAUUCGGACUCAGGUGGAUGCCCAUUUGUCCAUUUUGACCAGAGUCACCUGACCAACCUUCUCCAAUCAGAGGGCUUGAGUCAAAAAGAAGUAGACACAGUCCUGAAGAGUUCAGCCAAGGGAGACUAUCAAAGAGCCUGUGGGGAAUUUCUUUGGCACAAAUCAGAAAGUAUCAAAAAGGAAACCAUAAAUACGUCUUCAGCUUUGGGAUCUGUACAUCAUUGUGGUAGUGAUUUAGACAGUCAGUCAAAAUCCUCCAACAAACUCACAGAGAAGUUUUGUGUGCGUUCUGACACAGAAAAUUUGCAUGAGAAAAUGCUCACAGACAGUGAUAAUAAGUAUCUUCCUUUCUGUGAUGAUCUUCUGAAGAAUAAUCAAAAAGAAAAUCAUUACAAGAAUUUGAUUGAUACAAAAAAUAGUCAAGGAAAUGAACUGCGGCAUUUUGAUCGUUUAUCUUGCACAUCCGAUGCCAAACCUCCAGAACUUUCAAAUCAUGUUACUAUGACAACACAAGUUUCAUUGAUAGGAGAUUCUGGUGAGACUGAGUUGACACAGGUUUGUUGUCAUGACAAUGAUCCAUGCAAGCCAGAUAUCAAGAGAUACGAAUGGCCGACUUCUGAUGCAAAGGUGCAAAUGGAGGCUAAAAUUGGUAUUAUUACAAGGCCAUUAGAAUAUUACAAAAUGGCAAGAAAAAUGCUACAUACUGAAAACAAUUGGUGACUGUUGAUACUUUUAGACAUGGUUUGAAUGUCAGACAUGGACGAAAUCUGGCACAUUUGAUUUUCUUAUAACACCAGUUACCAUAGAAGUGAGUAUUUUGUACUGGUUUUCCAAUAUGAAUGUGUUUCUGUCCAUUACAUUAUAAUAAAAGAAAGUGAGGUUCAUCAUACUGAAACAGUGUGUAGCUGAAAACUAUGUGUAACUGAAAACUGUGUAACUGAAAACUAUGUGUAACUGUGUGUGACUGAAAACUAUGUGUAACUGAAAACUAUCUGUAACUGAAAAAUAAGUGUGAGAGUGUAACUGAAAACUGGUUAACUGAAAACUAUCUGUAACUGAGAACUAUGUGUAACUGUGUGUACUGAAAACUAUCUGUAACUGAAAAUUAUGUGUAACUGAAAACUAUGUGUAAAAAUACUUAUCCAAAAACUAUCUUUUUAGAUUUUUUUAAAGAGUGUAAAAGGCAUUUAUGUUGGAAUUCUGUAGUAGGCUUUCUUCACCAAACUGACGUCGCUUCACCAUUUUUUCAUCAUGCUUAGGAAGACAUUUUUGAGAGCAACAUUUCAGUAAUGUUUUACUCAAGGGUAAAAAAAGAGCUAUUCCAACAUUCAGUGUCAUGUUUAGAGUAGUGUUUUGUGAUAUUUGUGUUUUUAAACACUGGUAUAAACAGGUUAAACACUAGUAUAUUCCAUGGAGACCACCUUGAAAUUCAAACAUUUGUAUGCCUUUAAUUAACUUUCUUCAAAUAAUCUAAAAAAAAAAAAAAUAAGUGAGUAUCUGUAUGCAUAGUUUGAAUUGGCUUAUCUAGUAAUGCCUACUUUGAUUUUGAGUGUCCUUUUCUUAAACACUGGUAGUAUGUUUGAAUGAAUUUAGUCUUUACUGAGGAACGUACUGCAGUGUGUUGCCUGUUCCAGUCUGGUGCCUGUUCCAGUCUGGAGUCUGUUCCAGUCUGGAGUCUGUUCCAGUCUAGUGCCUGUUCCAGUCUGGAGCCUGUUCCAAUCUAGUGCCUGUUCCAGUCUCGUGCCUGUCCUGCAACAUGUACCUAAAGUACAUAUACAGCAAUGAUAACAAACAAUACAUGUAGGCCUUGGGAUGCAAUGGUAGUUAUGUCCAAGUGACCUAAUAUGCACUUUGUUAAACAGUUUUUUUAGUGAUAUUUUAAUUUCAGUAUACAGUAAUGUUUUAAUUUUAGUAUUAAGCAAAAUUUUAAUUCAUUGAUUUAAAUCUCGUUGUAUUAACCUAUUGGAAUCUAUUUAAUUUUUUUCGAUGAAAUUCAAGACAUACGUUUCUCAUAUCUGUAUGUUCCAUGUACACAAUCCCAAUGACUUUAUAUAGAGCAAAUGAUUUUUUUUUAUAUUCUGCUUUAGCAAAUUCUGAUUGGAUGAAAUACAUGUACAUUGUUGGCAGAUUUUAUCAUCGCCUUAACAUCAUCAGUUUGUUGUGUUGUUCAGAUUUACUAUCUGUGGAACUCUUUUUGGGG